GGGGAAAGGUGGAGGAGUUACUGAGCGUGGAAGGUGGAAGACAGUGUGUAGUGCAAAAUCCGCAGAAGUGGAGAAGAAAUGCAGGUGGAUUAACAGUGGAGUCAAAUAAGGUUUGACGUCGAGAGAAAAAAAAUGUCAAGCGGCAGUCGGGUCCAUGCUUAUUUCCUGCUGAUGGCCCGCCUGGCUGCCAUAUGGUCGAUCCUCCCCCCGCCCGGCGUGUGCUCCUCGCCCCCCUCGCUCCUCGCCGGGGGAGAGGAACACCACGCCAACCCACGCAGCUCAUCGACAAAGCUCCGCCACGAACUCCAUUCGGAUAAUAGUUCCAGCGGUGAUUUCUUAUUCGGGGAAAUACUCCGCGAGAAACGAGCGAGUGCCGGCGGCGGGAGGGCGAGCGAGGCUGACGGCGAGACGGACCGAGUACAAAGCCCCAAUCUCACUUUCGCUGACCUCCCCGCGCCUCCAGCCGCCAACGAAACACACGUGGACAGUGCCAGCGACGCCCUGGACAAUGACACGACCUACGAUUACUUCCUCAACGACACCGUCCUUGACCUCGACCAGCAGGACGACUCGGGGCAGAAUUCCACCGACGGAUCCAUCUCCAACAUCAAAGUCUACGAGUUCCAGAUCAUCAAGGUUGCAGUGUUAUGCACCGUUAUGUCCAUCAUCAUCCUGUCGACUUGCAAGAUGUUGUUGCAAGUUUUCGCUCAAUAUGCAGGCAGAGAGAAGCCUCCUGAAGCCUACUGAAGAUGCUUGUAUUUCAGGCGCCAUUGAGGUCUUUCCUAUAGUUGCUCCAUCAUCAUUAUUGUCAUUGUUAUCGUUGUUAUUGCUGUUAUCACUGUGAUUAUUGGUUUUGCUUUUUUAUUUGUGUUUUUCUUAUUUUCAUGAAUAGUUUUGUUUUAGUUG